GUAAUCCAGAACAUUCGAUUGCGAGGCAACCAACGGUGUGUGCACGUUAAUAGUAGCUCUGUUUACAACUGAAAUAUACUGUUUUCCUGAUAAGCCUAUUUAAUAGUCUUGAUCAAUCAUGGUUAAAGAGACUGGCUUCUAUGAUCUGCUGGGCGUGAAGCCCAAUGCCACCACAGAUGAGCUCAAGAAGGCAUACAGAAAACUUGCACUAAAAUAUCAUCCUGACAAAAAUCCAAAUGAGGGAGAAAAAUUCAAGCUGAUCUCCCAAGCAUAUGAGGUGUUAAGUAAUGAAGACAAAAGACGUAUAUAUGACCAAGGCGGAGAACAGGCACUCAAGGAGGGAGGUGGUGGUGGUGGGGGUGGCUUCUCAUCUCCUAUGGACAUAUUUGAUAUGUUCUUUGGGGGAGGUGGUGGGCGCCGCAGCAGAGAACGCAAAGGAAAGGACGUCAUUCAUCAGAUGUCGGUGACGCUGGAGGAGCUGUACAAAGGGACUGUGCGCAAGCUUGCAUUACAGAAGCACGUCAUCUGCUCCAAGUGCAAAGGCGUGGGCGGCAAGAAGCCUCCUGAGAAGUGCCCUACAUGCCGAGGCACAGGCAUGCAGGUGCGAGUGCAGCAGCUGGGGCCGGGCAUGGUGUCACAGGUACAGAGCAUGUGUGGAGAGUGUCGAGGCCAGGGUGAGCGUGUAAGCCUGAAGGAUCGAUGCAAGACCUGUGAGGGCAAAAAGGUUGUGCGUGAACGCAAGAUACUCGAGGUGAACGUAGACAAAGGCAUGGAGGACGGCCAGAAGAUUGUGUUUAAUGGUGAAGGCGACCAAGAGCCUGAUAUUGAGCCUGGUGAUAUUGUCAUUGUGCUCGAUGAACAGGAGCAUUCUACCUUCAAGCGUAUUGGCAACGACCUUUCAAUGAGUAUGGAAUUAAGCCUCGUAGAAGCCUUGUGUGGCUUCCAGCGCGCGAUUACCACCUUGGACGACCGCGUUAUUGUCGUCAGCUCCAUACCUGGUGAAGUAAUGAAGCACGAGAGCCUCAAGUGCGUUAUGGGUGAAGGUAUGCCGACGUACAAAAACCCCUUCGAGAAAGGACGUCUCGUGAUCCAAUUCCUGGUGAAGUUCCCUGAGAAAAUUGCCCCCGAAGCCGUCGGUCUGCUUGAGAACAUCCUACCUGCUAGGCCCGAGGUGAUUGUACCUGACGAUGCUGAGGAGUGCAGGCUGCAGGAGAUGGACCCGUCACACAGACGUCGUCGUCGCGGCCAUAUGGACGAAGAGGAUGGUCAUGGCCGGCAACAUGUCCAGUGUCAGACUAGCUAAAUUAGACUCGUCAUAUUCCCGAGAUCUUCGUCUAAUGUACCCCAGACAGCGACUUAUGCUACACGUCUAACUGGUCUAUUGCUGCUAGGUCUAUUUCACUAGCAGCGUUACGACUGUACUUGUGAGCGCUGUUUCUAUUGGUCAAAAGAUGCACUGUUCGUUAGUUAGUCCUUGGAUUUAUUUGUGCCGCUGGUCUCAUCUGUUAGAGCUUUCUGCCUAAUUUUCGUUUCAAGGACUUGCUAUUGAGCUCAGAAGUGUUGUCAAACCAAUAGUUGGUGCCGUUCAAGGGAUGGAUUUUGUUGAAAAUUCCUGUGCUAGAAGAAGGUAUUCCCUUCAUGAAGGAAUCCUUGGCUAUUGCUGUAACUUAUUAUUGGUAAUUCAUCGUUCCCUAGACACUCAAGUUCUUCUCGUGUAAAAUAAUUUGGAUCGGAAUAGUAUGAUUUGAACAAGUAAUAAAUGACGAUAGAAGAAAUUAUUCAUUUAGUCACUAUUCGUAAUGAACAGCUUGCUUCACGGUUAAAGUAGAAUUUAUUUGUGGAAUAAUUUUAAAAUAGCUGUGCUCGUAAAUUUCAGUUAUAAGAGCAAUUUCUCCAAAGCAUCAUCGGCGGCAGUACAGCAGGGUUGUAUAAUUUCGGUGUAGUCCGUACUAUAAAUCUUGCUUGCGUAUGUCCAACUAGUUAGCAAUCACGCCCCCCCCCAUUUGAUACAACCAUUACAUUCUCCCAAUUAUCAGUAGAUCCUAUUGUAUAUUUUGCCUUGUGUGUAAUCUUCACAGGAAUGAUGCAUUAGCCGUUCUUUCGAUAGGAUUUAGCUGAAGUCGGACUUCAAACAAAUGUGUGUAGAAGCUCGCUUCGUUUAGGUGAGCAUUCAAUUAAUGUUCAGUCUGGCAUCGUGACGGGAGUUAUCUUUGAGGAUAAAGGAUUGCUUCGUCCGUGGCACGUCGAAUUCGUUAAGUUUUUCGCUCGUCAAGAUGCAAUUUGUUUCGCUUCCUAAUUGAUCUAUUUUUCUGAGAGCGUCAAUUUUUCUUUUCAAAAUUGCAAUACCGAUGGUUUUCAGAAUUGUUGUUAUGAAGCCUAUUCUUCCUCCUCUGUUUCAGUUAUUCUAUCUGGCAAAUAGUCUUCGUGUUGAACGCGAUACUAGACCAAAAAUAUGAGAACUUCAAUAAUCAUACCUUCAUGCGAAUGCAUUUCCGCCCUUGGCCGUAAUGGUCGUUUCAUCGAACUGCUAUUCUACCCUCAAUAAAUUGCACUUGGUCGUCAAAUUGGCAUCCCUACCAGGAUGAUUAUUCAUACCCUACUCGUUCAUGCAGAUCGAUUUUUUUUUUCACUUAAGCAUUUUUUCUUAAUUUUUGCAUUGUGUUAAUAUACCGUGCAUUGAUACGAACACCUCGCCUGAACUUUGAAAUAAACAAGUUUUUGUUGAUGCUAUUCAUACCUAGAUAGUGACAUGAAUGCUAUUCAUACCGUUAUUAUAGGUACGUGUAUCAAACACUGAAGCCUCCUGAGUCGCUAAUGGGGGAACAUGGUCGUUGGAGAUGUAGAUCGUCUUGUGUGUAAUUAUUUAUUUUCUUGUUAGCCUUCGCUGUAUGUUGACUAUGUAAGCAAGUGAUUGAAGAGCUAUCCGUGACUGGUCUCGGUUA